AUGGCGUUUAUUGUCCAGCCGAAUGCAGCAUUCAUGAACAUUAGACCACAAAGAAAACUUAAGGAAUUCAGGAAUUUUUCUGUUGAGUUUAAUGAAAUGGAAUUACACCAAAGAUACCGAUUUCGAAGAGAUUCCAUUGACUACAUAAUAUCUUUGGUUCGUGAUGAUGUGGAGAGACACACAAAAAGGAACCAUGCUCUCACUGUAGAGAUGCAGGUGCUAGUCACCUUGAGGUUCUUGGCCAGAUGUAGUUUCCUACAGGUUGUGGGAGAUACGGUUGGCCUUGAUAAAGUUUCGAGGACUGUUGAUAGAGUGUGUGAUGCUCUUGUUCGAAAGCGGCAUCAGUUUAUCAAGUGGUCAAGGGAAAGAGAAAGACAAGAUAAAGAAGGGUUUUUUGAGAUUGGAGGUUUCCCUAAUGUCAUCGGUUGCAUUGAUGGUACCCAUGUCCGGAUUCAGGCACCCACCCAAGAUGAGCUUGCUUAUGUCAACCGUAAGGGCUGGCACAGCAUAAACGUACAGGCUGUUUGUGACGAUAAUGGAAAUAUAACCAACUUGUGUGCCAGCUGGCCAGGCUCCGCCCAUGACAGUCAUAUAUUUAGGACAUCAAAUCUGAGACAACACUUAGAAGCCAACCACACCAGAAUUUCAGAUGGGUUUGUCCUUGGAGAUAGUGGAUAUGCAUGCCGACCCUACUUAUUCACUCCCUACCUUCACCCACAAGGGAACCCUCAACAGCGGUAUAAUGACAGACUGUGUAGGACCAGAGUCACCAUAGAGAGGACCUUUGGCCGAUUAAAACGAAGGUUUCAUGUUCUGCAUUCUGAGAUCCGUAUGAACCCGGGAAAAGUGUGCAAAAUUAUAUUGACCUGCGCAAUAUUGCACAACAUAGCUAUCCUUCGGAAUGAGGUUCUUGAUGUCGAUGAUGCCCAUGUGAGACAGGACCAGCCACCCAUUGACCACUACAGAGGACGGAAUGACGGCAAGGCUUUCAGGGAUCAUAUAGCAAGUACUUUCUUUGCUAACUAG